AUGUCGAAUUUUAUGCACAAGUUCAAGGACGCUGUCACUGAUCGCCACGAUCAAGACUCGGUGCCCCCGAACGAAGCCCCUGGAGCACAAAGUGCCUACAAACCCACCAAUCCUUAUGCAAAGGAUUCUGCACCAACCCAGAACAACCCAUCGAUGAAUGACGAAUUUGGGCCGGAAGCUCGCCGUGGCAUUGGCAACACCGGUGCAGCUAGGGUUCCUGAUACAGGCUCGGCCACAACAGGUACUAGCACGACCAAUGCUGGGCCUCACAACUCCAAGCUGGGCAACAAGAUGGACCCUCGUGUAGAUAGUGACCUUGACCACCGAGCCCAGAAUCCCAGAACCAUGGGAGCCCAAAACACCGUCGGUGCCCGUCAGGCCAUGAACACAGGUGACAUGGCCCCUAGUGGACACCCUCGCACGUACGGCACGGAUAACCACGCAGCUAAUGAAGAUAACUACAACAAAGCUACACAAGAACACAAUAGGCACUCUGAGCCCGGUGCCCCGGGGUCUGGCGUUCAGUUCACCAGCGAGGAUAACUCCAGCAGCUCUACGCAGGAACAUAAAUCCCACACAGCCACUACCCACGCUACACCUUGUGAAAUGAAUCCUCGUGCUGAGCCGGGUCUUCAAGGCGGCGUGGCACAACCCGAAUUUGGCGGCGGUGCUGCUGGAGGCAGUAGCUAUACCCAGCCACCUGUCAGAGACACAGCUGGUAUGCAAAACCCCAAUCGCAUGGGCAAAGUUGAUCCGCAAGCCCAGGGCAUGGGAGGAUACCCACAGAAUGAGAUGGGAAAUCAGAGGAGCGGAUAUUGA